CGUGCCGGUGCCCUCCUGUAGUCCACACCCCGCAGGGGGCAGCGCCAGAAGACGAGUGCCGGGUCGUCCACGUGCGUGUCACAGCGCUCAGGCUCCACACUGAAAGUCGGUGCGGCCUGCCUGCGAGUUCCUUAAAUAUAACUAAGGAAUACAGGCAACAUGUUCUACACUCAUGUGCUUAUGACUAAACGAGGGCCAUUGGCCAAAAUAUGGCUUGCAGCUCACUGGGAGAAGAAACUCACAAAGGCCCAUGUGUUUGAGUGUAAUAUAGAGAUAACCAUUCAAAAAAUUCUUUCACCUAAGGUGAAAAUCGCACUCCGAACUUCAGGACACCUUCUUUUGGGAGUUGUUCGAAUCUAUAAUAGGAAGGCAAAAUAUCUUUUGGCAGAUUGCAGUGAAGCAUUUCUUAAGAUGAAGAUGACAUUUCGCCCAGGACUGGUUGACCUCCCAAAAGAGAAUUUUGAAGCAGCUUACAAUAGUAUCACAUUACCUGAAGAAUUUCAUGAUUUUGACAUCUAUAGUAUGAACGAUAUUGAUAUUUCAAAGCCUCUUGCUCAGAACCAAAGUAAACCAGAGGAAAUCACACUUAGAGAAGAAUAUAGCAGUGAUCUACUUUUUCAAGCUGGGAGCUUUGGGGAUGAACCCGAACUUCUCAGAAGACAUAGCUUCUUUGAUGACAACAUAUUAAUGAACUCCAGUGGUCUUGUAGUUGAACAUAGUUCUGGAAGCCUUGAUGAGGAGAAGUGUUUGUUCUUUGAUAAUGGAGAUGGAUUUGGAGAUGAAGGAGCUGCAGGAGAAAUGAUUGACAAUCUAUUGCAAGAUGAGAAUACCUUUUUAGAAGACAUAUGUUCAGACAAAGAAAUUUCUCUGCCUUCUGAAUUUCCCAGUAGUAUACUAGUAGAACCAGGUAAUUCAGAUGACCAAUAUCUACCUGAAGAUGAAAAUUUAAAUGAAACAACAUUACUAUCAAAUGAAGAAGAAGGAUUUGCUCUUGACCCAAUUGAUAGUUUAGACAUUGCUGCUAAUAGAAGGAAAAAAGGAAAGAGGAGAUUGCUCAUAGAUCCAGUCAAGGAGAUAAGUAGUAAGACUAUGCAUAAGCAGCUUACGUCCUUUGUGGACACUCUUAUGGUUCUGGACCUUGCACCCCCCACACAAAAACUGAUGAUGUGGAAGAAGAGGGGAGGAGUGGAUACACUUCUGUCAACUGCCACCCAGGAUUUGAUUCAUGAUGAACUGAAAAUGUUGUUUUCAAAAUGCUUCCUGACCACUGUCUUUAAGCUUACAAAAUUAAUACAGAAGGAGUCAGUUUGGGGAGACCAAAACAUUCCAGAACCCUCAGUGAUGGAAGAGCCAAAUUCCCACAGAGAGUUAGGUCAACCCAAAGUUUGGAAGAAUGUGAUUGAUGAAUCUAUGGGUAGCUUUCAAGAGGACUUCAAUAUGAAUAUUAACUCUGAGCAGGAUAUUCUUGAAACAAUUUUUCCAGCUGCUGAGGGAUCAUCUUCAAUGAAUGCUUCCUUGGCCCAAGAAAAUUUUCCAACUGAGCUGGAGUCAUCAGACAGAAAACAAAAUAUUGAGGCAGAAAAAUGGAAUCAAAGAUUAUUUCAAACACUAAAUGAAUUACGGGAAUUCACCAGGAUGGGAAUACAGUCCUUUAGUCUGAUAGAGCUAUGCAAAGAUAGCAACCGAAAACAGGCAGCUGCCAAAUUUUAUACCUUUCUUAUCCUGAAAAAACACGGAGCUAUUGAGCUGAACCAGAGUGUUCCCUAUGCAGAUAUUACAGCUACAGUGGGACCAAAGUUCCAUAAGAUGUGAAAGAAAGCCACAGCAGGCAGGCUUAUACCAUCACUGGCACUUCUGCAUAGACUGUUCAGUUUGAUACGGAAGCCAUCUGGAAGGAGCUGAUGGUCUGACCCAUUUCAUAGGCAGGCUGCCCUCCCAUUUUCUAUCUAGAAGUUAGAACAAAUACUACCAGAAUUGGAAACCUGUGAGGGGACAGUUAAGUAAUUUUUUAACUUAGCUGAUUUCAAUAUAUAGCAUUUAUCAUUGCCCUGAUCUAAAUGUUGCAUUUAGGUUGUGUUUAGCAUAUAUUAUAAAAUACUGUGUACCUCCAGGAAACAUUCCAAGGGUGUUUGUAAAAUACUCUUUUACAUUGGAUUAUUAAAGUUAGGGCUAAUGAAUAGUUGAUAUUUCCUUACUUGUAGAUAUUAGUUUAUUUGACCUUUGUAUCAUUGAUAGUGUCUAAUUCUCUGGGUUUUAAUCUAAUAUCUUAGUUAAAGAAUUAUAAAAUUUCCUUUAAAUUACCUGUGUAACCUUGAGUCUGUGGGUCAUUUAACUUUUUCAUUUACUAUUUAAUAACUUUUAUUGUCACCGUUAAUGUCUCAGCAAAAUCAAAUCUGCUUAUGUUAAAAAACAAAAUAACAACAAAAAACCUAGCAGACACUUGUUAAUGUUUUACCUACUGGUUCAGUCUCAGCAAAGACCACUGAAACGGGUUCUCUUUUACUUUAUGUGUAUUGAGCAUUUUUGACAGUAAAAUAAUUUUCCUUAAUUGAUGUUUGAGUCAAAAAUUUGCCUAUGCUCUAUGAACUUCAAAGUACAUUGUAAAAUAUGGCCUAUGGUACUGUAAAUAAUGGUGCUGAAGUUACAUUGUAAACUACUUAAUUCUAAAUUACCACUUUGAAUAUAUGUAACUAUAAGAUGCAAAUAACACAUUUGUUUUAAAUAUGUCUAUUUUUAAAUUAAUGAAAAAUUGGUUUCUUUAUUUUUAAAUUAAUGAAAAGUUAGUUUCUUUAUUUUUGGUAUACAUGUCUAAUAUAUAUUGGGUCAUAUAUAUGUAUGUUUAUAUAUCUAUUUAUAUAUGUUUAUAAAUAGUUUAUUUUUGUAUACAGGUUUGAUAUAUAUAUGCUUAUAUAUAUAUUUUAUCACCACAAUUUAGAUAUAGUCAGAUCAUUUUUAAAAAUCCUCUUUGGGUUAUCUCCUUGUGGUAGUUCCCUAUUCUAAUACCUGGCCAUUAUUCUCUAUGACUACACUUUUGUCUGUUUGGGAAUGUUAUGUAAAUGGAAUUAUACAGCGUGUAACCUUCUGAGACUGGUUUCUUUCACUCAGUUUAGUAUCAUUCAUAUGGAUCCAAGUUCUUCCAUGUAUCAGUAAUUUGCAUCUUUUAAAUACUGAGUAGUAUUCUGUUGCCUGAAUAUAUUAGCUCAUUUACAUUUUUAUCCAUUGAAAGACAUUUAUUUCCAGUUUUGAUGAUUAUAGACCUAUAAGUAUGUCUAGUUUUAUACAUACACAUAUAAGAGUAUUUAUUCUGUAAGAGUAGCUUUUCUGAGACAUAUGUAAAUGUAUAUGUAACUUUUAUAACAAAUUUUUUGCCAGAGGUUGUACCAUUUUGCAUUUACACUAAUAAAA